GGAGCGUUCCCUCAACGUUUAGUUUUGUUAUCUUCAACGGUCUAAAAACUCAAAAAACAAAAACAAAUACUAAAACCCCCAUUCUGUUAUUCCCCAAAAUCUCCUCAUAUUCCCAGAAUUUUCUUCAAGAUUCCAUCAAAAUUCACCCCAAUUCCUUCCGUUUUUUGCAAGAAUUUUUCAAGAUUUUCUAAUCCCGUAAAGAAAAAAAUGAGUGUUUUACAGUAUCCAGAAGGCAUGAAUUCAUCAGAUCUUCAGAUAUGGAACAACGCCGCAUUCGAUAAUGGUGAUUCUGAAGAUCUGUCGGCCAUAGGUAAGCGUUCUUGGUCUCCUUUGAAACCGGUUCUUCUCAAUUCAACUGAUUCGAUUCAGUCUCUUUCAUGUAAAGAGAAUCAGAGCCCUCAAUUUCUUCUUAAUUCGUCAAUCUCUUCGGUGAAGUCUCCGUUGCCGCUGCGUCCCAAGGUUAAUAAUAAUUCAAUCGUAACCGUUGAAGACUCAAGAAUCAAGCCGGCAAAGGUGAAUUCCAAGAUGGGUUUGGAGGAGAAAAGUGUUUCGUGGAGUGGAAGUGAUUGGGAGGUUCGCGAUGAGGGGAAGAUUGAUAAGGAAAUCGAGGAAAUUGAGAUGGAAAUCAAUAGGCUUUCUUCAAGAUUAGAGGAAUUGAAGAUGCAAAAGGCUGAAAGAAGUGCGAAAUUAGUGGAAAAGAGAGGGUUUAGGGUUGUGCCUGCUAAGUUCAUGGAAGAAAAGAAGAUCUUCAAGAAUACUGAGGAGCAGAAAAAGACGGAUGAAAUUCUGGGGAUGAGCGCAAGAACUAAGGUUCAGAGAAGAGGGCUUAGUUUGGGACCUGCUGAGAUUAUGGCUGGUACAAGAAGGGGUUUGAGUCUGGGACCAUCUGAGAUCUAUUCAGGAUUGAAAUCCAAAGAAAUGGGAAAGAAAGAAAGUGUAAUCACCCCAAUACAGCCUAUUCAGAGUAGGCGGAAAUCGUGUUUUUGGAAGCUGCAAGAUAUCGAUGAAGAGAAGGUGACUAAAGAGAGGGGCAAGUGCCUAACUGUGAGUCCAAAGUUGAGGAAGAAUUUAGUGGCAAAAGCUCAGACUUCAAGGCAGGCUGCAACCACAGUUGCUUCAAAGAAGACUGUAAAGAAAGAAGAACUGUUUGGCACUUCAGUUCAGCCCAAAAAGUUGUUCAAGGAUGGGGAGAAGUCCAUCACUGCUACCAGCAAGAAGCCUACCAGGCCAGGGAGGGUUGUCGCGAGUCGAUACAAUCAGAGCAGUAGCAGUCAGGCUUCUGCAAUAAGAAAGAGGUCUCUGCCUGAAAAUGACAAGGAUGAAAGCAAGAGAUGUGAUAAGAAAAGGUCUCUAUCUCUUGGAAAAUCAAGUGAAUCACUUCCAGAGACCAAGAAUUUGGUGCCCGAGAUCAGGGUGAAGAAGAAAUGGCAGAUUCCUAGUGACAUUGUAGUUCAUAGCUCAGAGUCAGAUGAUUUGUCACCGACCAUUUCUGAUGUGCCCGACCCACUCCCCAGGAUCAGGACUACCAGGUGCGCCGUCGAGACUCCUAGGGAUUCUGGACCGGCAAAAAGGGUAGCUGAUUUAGUUGGAAGGAAGUCAUGUUUUGCUGAUAGUGAAGAGGAGGAGACAUCAUUGCGCCAAGUCCUAAAUUUUGCAGAGGAUGAUAUCUUAACAAUUAGGACUACUCGGUGCAUCAAGGAGACUCCUAGGGACUCUGGACCUGCUAAAAGAGUUGCUGAUUUAGUUGGAAGGAAGAAAUAUUUUGCUGAUGAUGAAGAGGAGGACCCUUCAAUGUGCCAAUUCCUGAAUUUUGCAGAUGAUGAAGUUGAAGGGAACUGAUGUAAAUCAUAGAGGUUUCUGUCACUCUACUUUUACUUUUUUCUUAUUUUAUCAUGGCUAACUAUGAAUUGAAGGUUUCAAACAAAGAUUGCCAGUAUUGAGGCUAGCAAGCAUACUUCUAUUUCCUCAUUUGAGAUACAUAUGAAGGAUUAGUCAUCUUGUGUAUGGUACAAUUUAAAUAAGUUCUUCUCUGGAUUUUUACUGUAACUGUAAUUUCAUUGAUAUGAAAUGCAGAAAUACAAUGAACUGUAUGAAUCCUUCGGUGAUGUUAUUGUUCAGUCAUCAUCAUUGUGAGAGUUCAAAGCUUCCAUUACCAAGCAGUUUUCGGGAUUCUAGAACUAGAUUAAGUUUUAUAAUAUAU